AUGGCUGCCUUGCAGACCCAGAAGAAAGCCCUGAGGAAGGCGAUGGCCGUCAAACUGCGGUCGUUGUCGGCGGCAGAUAUACAACAACAAUCGCAGGCCGUAGCUGAGCGCCUGCUUGCCUCGCCGAUUUUCUUGCGUAGCAGGAGUGUCAGUUGUUACAUGAGCAUGCCGCUCGGAGAGGUGCAGACAUCAGCACUGCUCUCUGCAACUCUGAGCUCAGGUAAAACACUCUUUGUACCAAAAAUCGACAUUGCGAGCGAGAGGAAAAUGGAUUUCCUCAAAGUUUAUGAUAUUGAAGAUUUGCGCACAUUCCCGAGUGGCACUUGGGGAAUCAAAGAGCCCGAUUACGAAUGGAAGGGACAUCGGCCUCUGGAUGAAGACGUAGGACUGCUGGAUUUAAUCUUAGUUCCAGGCGUUGCAUUUGAUCGAUCCCUAUCUCGUCUAGGGCAUGGAAAGGGGUACUAUGACCACUUCGUAUCUUUGUACACAUCAUCCAAAUCCGCAAAUUCGUAUAAGAAGCCCAUGCUAGGUGCGUUUCCAUCAGUGGCAUUGGCAUUACGGGAGCAAAUCCUCGAGGCUGGAGAAGUCCCGACUGCACUGCAUGACUGGCAGAUGGACGUAAUAGUAGGCCCAGAUGGCAUUCUGGGCACCACAGAUGGACCACAGUAA